AUGGGAUCAACAACAACAGAUCCACCAGCCGCCGAGUACGACGUGAUUAUCAUUGGGGCGGGCAUCUCUGGCAUCAACGCCGCCUAUCGGCUUCAAACCGAACUUCCAGACUACAGUUACACCAUCCUCGAGUCUCGCACCGCCAUAGGCGGGACAUGGGAUCUCUUCCGUUACCCAGGAAUCCGCUCCGAUUCAGAUCUCCACACAUUCGGCUUCCCAUGGCGGCCCUGGCCAAACCCGAAAGCCAUUGCGGAUGGGGCCUCGAUACUAGAGUAUAUGAACGGCUGCGCCGAGGAAUUUGGAAUUGAUCGCAAGAUCCAGUAUGAAAAAAAGUUGCUAGCCGCAGAGUGGUCAUCAAAGGAGGCGUCAUGGACACUCUCCGUUGAAAGGUUAAGCAAAAGCGAAUGCGAGGAAAAAGACCAAAACUUGGAGACUUUCAAAGCCCGCUUCGUCGUCUUCGCAACUGGCUACUAUAACUACUCCACGCCAUUAGAGACCAAUAUCCCAAACCUGUCAGACUUCAAAGGGCCAAUCGUCCAACCCCAAUUCUGGCCAUCAGAUCUCGACCACGCCAACAAGAAAAUAAUCAUCAUCGGCAGCGGCGCCACCGCUAUAACCCUCCUUCCUUCCCUUGCUGAAACCGCCUUGAAAGUAACGAUGCUCCAGCGAUCACCAUCGUAUAUCCUCACCGUUCCAGCUGAGGACCCCUCGGGUAGCCUGUUGCGCAAACUAUUUCCCUCGUGGAUUUCACACCGAAUCCUACGCUGGAAAUUCCUUGUUCUGCCCUUCUUAUUCAUCACUUUCUGCAAGAACUUCCCCAAUGCCGCAAAAAAGCUUAUGCGUCGCCAAACAAGAGCACAACUCCCUUCCAACAUCCCUCUGGAUCCGCAUUUCAACCCCAGCUACUAUCCUUGGGAGCAGCGGCUCUGUAUAUGCCCGGACGGUGAUUUCUACACCGCACUCCGCAAUGGCAAAGCAGACAUCGUGACCGACACAAUUUCAUCCGUCACGGCCACGGGAAUCAGAACCACAAGCGGCCAGGAGCUAGAGGCGGAUAUAAUCGUCACUGCCACAGGUCUAAAAGUCCAAUUGGGAGGCGGCGCAAAAGUUACUGUAGACAGCAACCCGGUCGUGUUUCCGGAGAAAUUCCUGUGGAAAUCCACAAUGAUUGAAGGUGUGCCCAAUGCCGCUGUGUCCAUCGGGUACACGAAUGCUAGCUGGACCCUAGGCUCGGAUACUGCUGCUUUCCUCAUCUGUAGAGUAUUGAAGUAUAUGCGCGCAAAUGGGUUCGAGAGUGCUACUCCUAGCCUCAGCAACGAUAGGCCAUCAUCUUCUGCUGUAAAGUACAAAACUGGUGGGGACUGGAAAGGCAUGCGCUCAACCCCUCUCCUCAAUCUAAGCAGCACGUACUUGGAGAAGGCGAAAGGUGAUCUUCCCAAGGCGGGGAAUCGGGGCCCGUGGUUGCCGAGAAGUAAUUAUUUUUUUGAUCGUUGGGUGGGUGUUUGGGGGGAUUUGACGAGUGGUUUGAGUUUUGUGGGAAUCGAGAAAAAGGAGGUAUAG